AUGCAAGAGACUAGUUCAAGUGGUGACAAAGCCGAGAACUAUGAAUUAUAUCCAAGAGUCUUCUUUAGGAUACUAGCUCUUACAUAUGGAAACACUUACAUGAAUACAUUUUCUAAGAGGGCUACAUCUAAUCUCCUAGAUCUUGUAAUAAGUCACUGCCAUUCACCACAGGAUGAAGAUGAUGACCAUGACCAUGAAAAUGACGAUGACCAUGACCAGAUGGACGGCCUUCGAGGGACCAUUCCUUCGUCACUCAGCAGUCCCAACGGCCCGCCCCCUUUAACGCCCAUUUCGCAGGCUCGACAAUGUCAACUGUGCCUCGUGACGCUGGCAAAUGCAAACCUCUUGCGCCGUCAUGUCGAGGACCACCAUUUCCACAUACGUAAAUACGACUGUGUACAUUGUGGGAAGAAAUUCAAGAGAAAAGAGCACCGGGAGAGACAUGAGCGAAUACACACAGGAGAAAAGCCGUUCGUUUGUCACAUUUGUAAUGCGAGAUUUACGCAGAAGGAGCACCUCAAGGGCCACGUGGAGAACGUCCACCACAAGCACGGCGAGAAAGGGCUGGACGACCUUGACCCUCUGGAGGACCGAGAAGACCGCGAUGACGAGGAGAUGGACAUCCCCCCCUCGUGCUCCUCGCCCCCUCCUUCCUCGUCGACCUCCUCGCCCACCCUCGCACCUGUGUCCUCCCUCAUCUCCCUGGCGUCGAGUGCCUCCCCGCUUACCUCAAUUCUCCCGGCCUCGUCGCUGGUCUCAUCCGCCGGGCUGUCCACUGCGACGUCCCUGGCCAAUGAUCUCAACAUGAACCAGUUCACGGCCCUCUACGCGCCAGUGACGCGGAAGACUGUGAACUCGCCAAACAAACACAUGCAGACCAUUACCAUUAAUUUUAACUAGUGCCAAUUAGCUAAGUGCCUUUGGGUAUGUGCUUUUUUUUAUAAUUGAGAUUCAUACAUUCCCCUCCACUGCCAUUAUAAUUUUGUUUAAUUUUAUUCUAUUUUAUUGUAUGAAAAAAUCAUUUCAUUUUCAGUGUUAGUGCUGUAGUAUAAGAUUUUUUCACUGCAUUCCUCAAAAUGUUCCAUUUGAUACAAGCUUGUUUCUUGUUUUUUUCUCUCUCUCUUUUUCUUUCUUAUAGUGGAGAAGACAGUGAGAGUUGUAUUUUAUCAUUAACAAAUGUUACCAUAAAGCCACCAAAAAUUAGUUUAUCUUCAGUGAAUGACACACUACACAUGCAAAUCUUUAUAUACGUUCUAUCAUUGAGAGUGCUAAAGGGCCUGUUUUUGCUGAAGUAAGGGAUGAUGGCAUUAAAGUAUUUCACUGAAAGGGGAAAUAACAAAAAUUCAAAAUCAAAAAGAAUCUUAAGAAUGUGCCAGUGCACAUGUACUGAAAGUAUUUCCCCAGCAAUAUUAUAGUUUAUUGCAGGGGAAGGGAGCAUCACACGCGAAGAUGCUUGGUACAUUGCACAUAAAAUUUAAGAAAAUGUCCGUAGAUUUUGGAUAAGACUUUAUUCAUUACCAGGAUAUAUAAUGGUCUUCCAAUUGCCUUAAUUUUUGUUUAGUUGAUUAAGAGAUAGUUUUUAUAAAACGUUUCCACAAGGAUCAGGUGAGAAUUAUUUCCACAUGAUUCAACAUGUAAAUGGUAUUCAGAGAUUUUGCUUUUUGAUUUAUGCUAUCAUGAAUGGUACUAACCACAAAUAUGUCUAGUGUUUGGUAGCUUGAAAAAUGAUCAGGUAUGUGAGCAUCAUGAAGAAAAUAGGUUACACUGCAAGAAUAAUACAGACGGUACUGGUGGUGCAAGAUGCCAGUGGCGACCAGCGAGGGUUAUAUAAAGCAGGGCAUUACUCCCUUUAUGAAUGACCGUUAUUAAUAGUCAGUCCCUUUUCGUUCUGCAAAUGUCUAGGUGCUCUUUAGAAUAGAAAGCAGGCUAGCAAAUGAUAAAAUGUACAUAAGGAAACGAAAUGCCAUUCCAUAUCAAACUCGACGAUGCCAGUGUCUUUUAAUUUACUGCUCCUGAUCUGUGCGUGAUUAUAUUCUUAGGACUCUCUUCUAAUAACCUUGUGAUGUCUUAAUUUUAGCAGGAUGAAGUUCAUGAGAACCAAGGUCACACAAUGUAGAAUACUUCGCCUCUUAGGAAAACGGCUUGAAUUCCUCCUUGUAGAGAAGGCAGACGCGUGUUUAUAGUUUUUAACCGAGAAGGAUUUUAGAACCAUAUAAAUAUUUUUUUAUUUUAUUUUAUUUUUUUUUUGGUCAAUUACAUAUGUCUUUAUUAGUCAAGAAGUUCACAAGAUAUAUAUAUCAGGCACAGAUUUGUGCUAAGGUGAGAAUAGGCUUAAGAAAUGCUCAAUAAGUGGGUAACAUUAUAACCUUUAUCAUCAUCUAGUUAUUUCCUAUAAAUGUUAUAAGAUUAACAAGUUCGCUGAAAUAAGAUGAUGGUUUUAAAUUGCAUUUCACACCUGAUAUGACUCGUUUUUUCAUAUUCAUUUCUUUUCUUUCAUCCAAUAGUUUGACAUCAUGUGUUUCUCACACCCUCAUGAAGGAUACAUACUGUGAUUUUUUUCUUCUUCUCUUUCCAAAGGGAAUAAAGAUAUAAAAAAAGGAAUAUAAUUUUCUCCUGUCAAAAAAUGUCUUUACUCUCUUUUGAUUGGUCAUUAUUGAAAUUGGCAUGCUAUCAUCCUGCCUAUGUGUUAAAUUGGUUAAUAUUUGUUACUUAAAUUGUUAUCUACAUUAUAUUCCAUGUGACAUGUUUACUAUGUUUGCUAAUGAUAUGUAAAGCUCACUUGGGAAAGUUUUAUAGAUUUUCAUAGGUUCAACUGCAUUUAUAGUUUGUUGUAUAAGAAAAAAAAAGAAUUGUUAGUGGUUUCCAAGAAAUAAUGCACAACAAAGUUAUGUGGCUAAAAGGGGAUUGAAAUAGGACAAGCAUGUUGCAGCUUCCUAACCCACAGUGACUAGAAAGAAGUGAACAGUGAUAAACAUGUAAGCCUUGCCCAGAUGUGGAGGUCAGCAGAUGGGACUCGUCUGUUAAUUACCCUUCCAAGAACCGGAAAUGAAGUUGAACACACAUGGAUAUUAACCCUUUGGAUCCAGUUGCUUCAUGGCAAUCACAUGGGCAUUAGGCUUAUGUGAGCAGUUGCUCUGAUGGGUGUUCGGCUUGUAGGCUGGGCACAUGUGAACACUCGUGUGCUUUGACAAGACUCUAUUCUCUCCCCUUUGCAAUGUUCUCUUUUUCUGUAUAAGUAUUUUAGUGCUUUUGCCAUUUUUCAAUAUCCAUAUUUGCCAUUUGAUUAGGAUUUAUCCCUCUCUAAAUGCCAAAUGAGUCUUAUCACCCUCUAAGAGGUUUGUGUACUCGUGGCAAGUCUUCCCUGUCACUGCAGCCUUCAGCUGAAAUGCUCACGACAGCAAGUUCGCAUCAGCCCGGCCCACAGCCAGAAUUCCCCAUGACGGCAUGCUCACUGACCUGGCCCUCAAGCCAAAUUUUUUCAUGGUGUGAUGGUCGACGUCAUCUGGAUCUUAGGGGUUAAUUUGAUCCUUUUUCUCAACAACUGACCAGUUUUACCUGUAAUCCUCUUGGGCUGUCUUGUUUCUUCAUAUUUCUCUGGCUGUUCCUUUGGUCUUACUUGUGUUUUCCCUUUCACUUUGCUACAUAAAGGAGGACCAUAUUACUAUUACCAUUUUAUGGUUACAGUGAAACCAUUUACAUGACAUGUCAUUGUGGCUUUUUUAGAAGUAAGAUUCAUUGAUGGUUAUAUUUUUAUUAUGUUUUUUUUUUUAUUUUAUUUUGAAGAUAAUUUAUACAUGUAAUCAAAAGUUUGAUUACCAAAAUCUUGAUGUAGGGUAUUUAAAAUAUAAUUUUAGGAAGUUAGCCAUAAGUUACAUGAACUCAUGCAGUGCCUAGCAAGACAUUCCAAUAUGAAAUAGUUUAUAAGGGGUAUUGUAAUACAAUGGCUAUAGGAGGUACAAGACUAAAAGGAGUAAGAAACGUAUGUCAACAUGCAUUCGCUAAGUAAAAAAAAAAUGCAUGAAAGCACAUGCUACGAAUAUGUGAUAAUUUAUCCUUUCCACCGUUACUAGUUGCUGGUCAGUCUUCAGUAUGUAUUGUUAUGAAAUUGAUAUUGUGAACUUACUGUACUAGAGCUGUGUUCAGUAACUUGUGCCUUUUGUUUCUCUGUGAUCAAGGGAAGACAAAAAAAAAAGAUAAUAGGGGAAGUUUGAUGUGAGUUAGGUAUAUGUUGUUAAGUUUAGUAAUAGCUUCUAUUCAGAGAAUGUAAAUUUGGCUUUUGAGUUAGUUCUUUAAUGAUUAUGCUAAGUAAUGGAAAUUUACGGUAAGAUUUUGUUGUCAGAAUGCAAAGCACAAAGGCCAAUUAUGUAAAAGAAAGAGUGAAUGUGUAAAGUACACAGCAUUCACUUUAUGGUUUAUUGUUCAGUGGAUUUCUGUUAUUAAUUUUUGUUUUUGUUUUUAGUUGUGCCACCUUUUUUGAGGUCAUGUAGUUUGUCAAGCUAAAAUGAGGCUCAACAUUGGUUUAAUGAAGACUCUUCUGUGAUAAAAUGAUUACUUCUAUUGCAUAAAACCAUCUCCGUUAUGUAUGUACUUGAGCGUACACACGCACACACAAAAUCACAUGUUUCAUAUUGUGUUUUAAUCUCUUCUUCAGCGAGGUGGUUUUACUUAAAAAUCAAAAUACAUGAUGCGAUUUUUGUGCACAUGUAUUUUGUGUUAUAUGCCUUAUUUUCUGUACCUGCAUUUCUGUUAUCAAUUUUAACUUCUAGGAGAGACUGAUUAGUGUCCAAUAGAUUUUUGGGCAUAAUUUUCUAUGUUCCUUUAUGUUUACAUAUUUUUUUUUAACAAUAUCUGAAUUAGGAAAACAAGCUUCCCAAAUGCAGAUGGUUCCUGAGGAAUUCAUCUUCACAGAUUUUAUAACUCAUUUCUUUAUCUACACAUGUCAUCUUAGGAAGCUGAAUACAUUAGUAUUGCAAUUCAGAAAUCACAAUGAUCUGAUAGACCAUAUUGCAUUAUGUACUUAUGGUGUGGUUGUGAAAGCAAAGAAAAAUUAAAAGGUGUCCUUUACAAUAGAUCCCUAAACUACAAUAUUGAUUCUCAGUGUAUACAUUCCAGUUACUUUUAUUUUUCAACUUGACAUUCCUUACAAGAAGUGAUGAUAUUCUUUUUAAUGCUGUUUUGUGAUGUGUCAUUGGUAUGAAAUAUUGUCUAGAUAUAUUUACCUCUAUGUAGCUUUAAAGCUAUCAUUUAUUUUUAAGUUCAAGCUUGGUGUUGGGUCUCUGGGAGAUAAAUAAAGACAUUGUCUAAAAA